CGGAAGUACCUACAGAACCUGGCCCCGGGGGUCUUAGGCACCGCCGGUAGGCUUGCUCCUCGGCGACCCCCAUCUUCUCAGCAGCUCCAGGAACAGAACUGAAAAGAAGCCGAACAAGGAAGCAGCAAGGCUUGAAGAAAAGCGGAAGUGGGAGCCUGCAGGCCUGACUGGCCUCCUGGGGGGACUGAGACCUCAGGACCGGCUGGGCCGGCGCUGUUGCAGGCGACGUCCGUGCUGGAGCGAUGGCCCAGCCGCACCGGGCUACGUGGCUGCCCCCCGCUCUGCUGCUCCUCUGGGUCCCAGUUGUGUUUUCCAGGCUGUUUGUCCCUGAGCGGCCCCAGCAAAGUGACGGGCAUCGUGGGGGGAUCCCUGAUCGUGGAGUGUCGGUACCGGGAGGAAUUCAUCAACAAUUCCAAAUACUGGUGCAAAUUCCCAUGUAUGUUAUCGUGGAAAAUUGUGGAGACCAGAGAGUCAGAGAGAGAAAUGAGGAAGGGCCGCGUGUCCAUCAAAGACCAUCCUGGAAACCUCACCUUCACAGUGACCUUGGAGAGCCUCAGAGAGGAGGAUGAGGGAAAGUAUGGAUGUGGGAUCGAUAGGCCACUUUCGUUGGACCCCACCUUCCACGUGGAGGUGUCUGUGAUCCGAGCACCAUCGGCAUCACCAACGCCAAGGUCAACCCGACCUGCUGUCACAGCCAAGACCUCGACAAUCACAACCAAAGUUUCAACUGUGCCGUUCACCACCCUGGCCACAGAGGGCACCACCCACAGCACCAGCAGCCAGGAGGAACCGGAGCCCACGCAGAGCUGGAGUGGGAGCUCAUCUACUGAACAAGCGCGGGAAAGCAGGACCUCCUGCCCCAUGCAGCCCACCCUGUCUCCCCUCAGGCUCCACGCGCUGCUGAUCUCAUUAGCGCUUCUGCUGCUCCUGUUGGGGGUCGUCUCGCUGCUGGCCUGGAGGAUGGUUCAGAGACGGGUCAAAGCUGGAGAGAAACCAGAGCCGCCCCAGAGCCGCAGUCAGGCUGCUGAGCAGACUGAGCCCUGCUAUGCGAAUCUGGAGCUGCAGACGAGGCCCCUUUCAGGAAAGCCCAUUCAACCCACCCCGGUGGAGGUGGAAUACAGCACAGUGGGCCCGCCCAGCGACAACCUUCACUACACCUCGGUGGUGUUUGACUCCCAGAGACAGGACUCCAAGGCCUGCAGGAUUCCCUCCGAGACGCCAGUGUACAGUGUGAUUAAGAAGACAUAAGCUCGUGUUUCCAGCCUUACCAACUGGAGGACUCUGCGGGUCACAGGAGGCCCAGGGCUCGGCCUUCACCCACGAACCUCCCUCCACCUGCUUCGCUUGAUGGUGACUGGCAAGGCAGCUGGGCUCCCCAAGGCUGCCCAUCUUGCGCCAUCAGCCAGGCUGGCUUCACUGAGGAUGUCUGGGAAUGCGGUUCUGGAUGGUCCCAUGGGAAACCUUCCAUCCCACUGGCUCUCGACAUCUCUUUCCUCUCUUCUCUGCUUCAUCCCAGCUCCACGUGGCUCCAGGCAAAGGUGUGAUUCCUGUAGCAUGGUGCCUACAAAUAGCUUUGUAAACCGCAGCCCCACGGAAAUGUCUGGGGUUGCUGGGAAGUGGGAACUGGUGAAGAGCCAGGAGAACACAAAGGCAUUGAAAACUGAGUCCUUCUCUUCUUACAGACAAGGAGACCAAGACCCAGAGAAAGGAGAGGCUUGCCCACAGCUCCAGAACGAGUGGCUCACUUCUCUGGACUCUUGGGAUUAUUGUUAAUCUAAGAGGUAUUAAUAACAUGGAAAUUAUCUUAAGAGAGAAGAAAAAAAUUAUUUAAACUUUGCAGCUGUAUGUCUGCAAAAUUGUAUUAAAAGUCCUUUCUUUUGAAGCCGAAUAAUAUUUCAUUGAUGUAUAUAUCAUAUGAUGCUUAUCCAUCCAUUCACCUGUCAAUAGAAUGCUUCUAUAUUUCAGCUCUUGUGAAAAAUCCAAGUUACAAACUUGGUGUACAAGUAUCUCUUGGAGACUCUGCUUUCAAUUCUUUUGGGUAUAUAUCCAGAAGAGGAAUUUCUGAAUCAUAUGAUAACCUAUUUUUAAUUUUUGAGGAACUGCUCUACUGUUACCGGCAGUAGCUAUACCAUGCUACAUUCCCACCACGGGUCUGCAGUUUCUUCACAUCCUUUCCAACACUUUUUUUUUGUGGUUUUUUUUUUGUUGUUUUUUGUUUUUUUAGUAGCAAACCUAAUGCAUGUGAGGUGGUAUCUCAUUGCAAUGUUGCAUUUCCCCAGUGAUUAGUGAUGCUGAGCACUUUUCAUGUGCUUAUUGGCCAUUUGUCUAUCUUCACUGAAGACAUGUCUAUUCAGUCUUUCUGCCCAUUUUCAAAUUGAUUUCUUUGUUGUUGUUGAGUUGUCUAUGUAUUCUGGAUAUUCAGUCUUAUCAGAUAUAUAAUUUGCAAAUAUUUUCUCUCAUUUUGUGUGUCAAAUUUUUACUCUGUUGAAGGUGUCUUUUGAGGACAAAAAUUUCAACAUUUCAUGAAGUUUGAUUUGUCCAUUUUGUUGUUGCUGCUGCUUGUGCCGUUUAGAUCAUAUUCAAGAAAUCAUUGUCAAAUCUGAGGUUCUGAAGAUUUUGUCCUAUGCUUUAUUCUAAGAGUUUAAUAGUUUUAGGCCAGACUAGCUAACUUUUAGCUAAGAAAGGCAAUCCCAAAGAGUGCUCAAACUACCGCACAAUUGCACUCAUCUCACACACUAGUAAAGUAGCUCAAAAUUCUCCAAGCCAGGCUUCAGCAAUACGUGAACCGAAAACUUCCAGAUGUUCAAGCUGGUUUUAGAAACGGCAGAGGAACCAGAGAUCAAAUUGCCAAUAUCCGCUGGGUCAUCGAAAAAGCAAGAGAGUUCCAGAAAAACAUCUAUUUCUGCUUUAUUGACUACGCCAAAGCCUUCGACUGUGUGGAUCACAAUAAACUGUGGAAAAAUCUGAAAGAGAUGGGAAUACCAGACCACUUGACCUGCCUCUUGAGAAACCUGUAUGCAGGUCAGGAAGCAACAGUUAGAACUGGACAUGGAACAACAGACUGGUUCCAAAUAGGGAAAGGAGUAUGUCAAGGCUAUAUAUUGUCACCCUGCUUAUUUAACUUAUAUGCAGAGUGCAUCAUGAGAAAUGCUGGGCUGGAAGAAGCACAAGCUGGAAUCAAGAUUGCCGAGAGAAAUAUCAAUAACCUCAGAUAUGCAGAUGACACCACCCUUAUGGCAGAAAGUGAAGAACUAAAGAACCUCUUGAUGAAAGUGAAAGAGGAGAGUGAAAAAGUUGGCUUAAAGCUCAACAUUCAGAAAACUAAGAUCAUGGCAUCUGGUCCCAUCACUUCAUGGGAAAUAGUUGGGGAGACAGUAGAAACAGUGUCAGACUUUAUUUUUUUAGGCUCCAAAAUCACUGCAGAUGGUGACUGCAGCCAUGAAAUUAAAAGACGCUUACUCCUUAGAAGGAAAGUUAUGACCAACCUAGAUAGCAUAUUAAAAAGCAGAGACAUUACUUUGCCAACAAAAGUCCAUCUGGACUUCAAAAAAAAAACCAAGGCUAUGGUUUUUCCAGUGGUCAUGUAUGGAUGUGAGAGUUGGACUGUGAAGAAAGCUGAGUGCCAAAAAAGUGAUGCUUUUGAACUGUGGUGUUGGAGAAGACUCUUGAGAGUCCGUUGGACUGCAAGGAGAUCCAACCAGUCCAUCCAAGGCAGAUCAGUCCUGGGUGUUCAUUGGAAGGACUGAUACUGAAGCUGAAACUCCAAUACUUUGGCCACCUGAUGUGAAGAGUUGACUCGUUGGAAAAGACCCUGAUGCUGGGAGGGAUUGGGGGCAGGAGGAGAAGGGGACGACAGAAGAUGAGAUGGCUAGAUGGCAUCACCAACUCGGUGGGCAUGUGUUUGAGUAAACUCCGGGAGUUGGUGAUGGACAGGGAGGCCUGACGUGCUGCGAUUCAUGGGGUCGCAAAGAGUCGGACACGACUGAACGACUGAACUGAACUGAACUGAAGCUAACUUUUUAGGCUAGCUUUGGGUUUAUCCUUCUUUUUCUAACUCCUAAAGUUGUAAAGUUAGGUUUUCUUAUUUGAGAUCUUUGCCCUUGUUUUUAAUGUAAGCAUCUAAAUAUCCCGCUUAGCACUGUUUCCAUUGUGUUCCAUGUUUUUGUCGAUGGUGUUUAUGCUUCCAUUCAUCUUAAGUGUUUUCUGGUUCCCUUUAUGAUUUCUUCUUUGAUCCAUUGGUUGUGUAUGAGUGUGCUGUUUCAUUUUCACAAGUUUGUGAAUUUUCCACUUUUACUUUUUUCACUUUUCGAGUAUUUAUUGAAAGAUGAAUAAACUCAAAUUGAUUGGUUACAUAAUCAGUGUCAAUUAGUUUUUUUAAAUUCCAUCUUAUAAUACCACGUAAUAUCUUGUAAGGGAAAAAAAAAAAACUUUUUAAGCCUCGAGUAAUGCCUUUACAAUAUGAACUGGGCCAACCAUCAGACAUAGCUCCUCCCCAUCUCAAUGUGAAUAAAAUGCUAUUAAAAAACA